UGCUAUUCUGACUAUAAUUAUUGGCACUACUUGUUUAUAUGAAAAAUAUGCCAUGUGGUUAAAAUAAAAUAGGUUAAGAUUCUUAAAAAUAUUUUUAAAAAUGUCAUUUUUUAUUAGAAAUAAACAAAAUAGCGGAGGAAUUAAAAGGAAGUUCAAUCAACAUAUUAAAAAAAAAGGAAAAAAGAAAAAUAUAAAUAAAUCUAUACCUGAUGAUAAUGAAAGUAUUGCGAGUACAGAUGAAGAAAUUGCAGAAGAAAAUCAAAGUAGAAAUGAAGAAUAUGAAAGUGACGAAGAAGAGGAAACAGCUCAGGAAAAACGUAUAAGACUUGCAAAACAAUAUCUUGCACAAAUUGAAGAAGAAGAAAAAGAUAGAGCAGAAUUUGAAGAAGGAGCAGUAACAAAAAGAUUACAUGAAGAAUAUUUAGAAGAAAAGGGAAAAUUAAGGAAAACUGUAGCUUCAAAUUAUAUUAAUCAUGGUGAACCUAUUGUUUUAAAAUGUAAAGAACAUAAAAGUUCAAUUACAUGCUUAUGUCUCUCUAGUAAUGGAAAAUUCUUAUAUUCUGGUUCAAAAGAUGGUAGUUUAGUCAAAUGGUGUUUGAAAGAGAGAACAAAAUUAAAAGCUAUAAAAGGAAAAAGAAAAUCACAGGAUGGAAUAAAAUGUGUUCAAUGUUUGGCAAUUAGUACUGAUAGUAAAUUUUUGGUAGUAGGAGAUAAUGGUUCUAAAAAUAUUAUGGUAUUUUGUGGAAAUACAUUAAAUCACAUAAAAAAUUUACAAGGUCAUAGAGGUAAUAUUACUUGUUUAGUUUUUCGUAAAGAGACGCAUACGUUGUAUUCUGGUUCCGAGGAUAGGAGCGUAAAAGUAUGGAAUUUAGAUGAUAUGGCAUAUGUUGAAUCUUUGUUUGGACAUCAAAAUGGUAUUACAUCGAUCGAUGCACUUACACGAGAACGAGCUAUUACCAGUGGUGGUUUCGAUGGCACAAUUCGAAUUUGGAAAAUUGUUGAAGAGUCACAACUUAUAUUCAAUGGACAUGGCAGUAGUAUAGAUACUGUAAAACUUAUAAAUGAAGAACAUUUUUUAAGUUGUGGAGCCGAUGGACAAUUAUGUGUUUGGGGUUGUUUAAAGAAAAAGCCUUUGUGUUCAGUGCUAGAUGCACAUGGAAGAGAUAAAAGUAAUAAUCAACCAAUGUGGAUUUCAAGUAUAGCUACUCUUCUUAAUACAGAUUUAGUUGCAUCAGGAUCACAAAAUGGUGUUAUUAGAUUAUGGCAAUGCGGUGAUUCCUUUAGAUCAUUGAAUCCAUUAUUUGAGAUUGAAUUAACAGGGUUUGUAAAUGCAUUGAGUUUCACUCCAGAUGGAACUCAACUUAUUGCUGGAAUUGGUCAAGAACAUAGACUUGGAAGAUGGUGGCGUAUACCAGAAGCAAAAAAUGUUAUUGUUAUAAUACCAUUAAUACAAACAAAAAAUAAAUAGUUUAUAAUAUAUAAAAAAAAAUUCUUUGGAGUUAUAAAUUGAAAUUUUUAGGCAAAUAUAAAUUAUAUAAUUUUUUUUUAUAUUUAGUCUGAACAAACUUUAUUGUACAUAUAUUAAAAAAUGCAUUGUUUAUUAUUUCAUAAUUUUUUAUAUCUAUUCCUAAUAUGCUAUCUUUGAAUAUCUCGUUCACUAUCGAAUCGUAGAUAUGCGAAUGAAAUAAAAGAAAUAUUGGUCCACAGUACAAGUAUUUAUUUAUUCUGUACAAAAGUUGAGUUAUAAAAUAUUAUGUCCCCAUUUUAGGUCUUGUUUUUAGUCUUGUAUACCAUGCCUUCUUGAGUUCGUUCGUAUAAUAACAAUGAUCGCCAUUGAGGACAUUAGCGUUUAUGAGAAUAAAGCGAUUUGGUCAUUGAUUGAUUACAAUGAACCAGAAAGAAACGAGUAUCGAUUUCGAAAGAUCUCUUUCUCAUUUCUACAUAAAUACACCUAUUCUCGCACGAACCUCGGGCUCACCGUGUACAUAUACAAAUCAAAUCGACUUUUCUUUUUUUAAUUUGCAUAUUUAUCCGUAGCAACGAAUGUACAGUAAGUGUACGCUACUUCUUGUAUGCAUUCUUGCAAGAAAGUUUCUUAAAUGAUUGUAACAACCUAGGUCUUUCAAUAUGGCUUUCUCUUCACAUACUUUUUGUUUCGUUUUUUCUCUUCUUUCACUCUUUUUUAGGAUCUCAUAAUCGCAAGUAUGCUUUUACGGGGAUGAAUGAAGCAGCGUUGCUUUCCGCCCGAUUAGUUUCUUCUCCAUUGGCUCUAUUUUCGCGAAAAAUCCCCGACAUGUCUUAUUUAAAAUGCUUUUCUUUCGUUUAUUUCUCUUAUUUCGCGUUUCUCUUCUCAAGUUUUAUGAUUCUUAAGUUUUUCACAUUUCAAAUCAGACAUCGCUUUCAUUCGAUUUUUCCGAUUUAUUUUUAUUAUUUUUUCAUUUUUUAUUUCCGAGAACUCGUUUAAUUUAUUUAAUUUUUAGUAAAUUAAUGAAAUUUAUUAAUGAAAUUAAUAAACUUUAAAUUAUUAUAAAAUUCAAUGAUAAAUAAUUUUUGUAUUUAUUUUACUUAUAGUGUAUAAAAAGAAGGAAAGCGAUGGCAUAAAAAUAAUAUCGAUAACUUUUGAAAUUUAAUUCUAAAAUUUCUGAUAUAAUAUAGACCAGUUUAUCGUUGCAUAUUUUUCUUUUAGAAGCGCCGUUUGGAGAAGAAAUACGUACCAGUGUAUUUCUUUGGUGAUUUAAAUACGUGCGUGCGAAUAUGUAAGACAAGACUUAUUCAGCGUGAACCGCAAACGAAUAUUGUAAAUGCCAGAAAUCAUCAUACAACACACUUACAAGCACACUUAACAUUUUUUCGCAUCGUUCUAUAUAAUAUAAAUUCGUUCUAUAUAAACAAUUGUACAACGAUUUAGGCUCCAAAUCACGCGUAUAAUCUCAACAUGUCACAGAGGAACUGAGUUUUUAUAGCAAAUGUAGAAUGUUUGCAAAAUUUUGCAUCUCAAUAAUAUUUUGUUUCAUUUUACGAUAUUUCGCUUUGGAUUUCAUAAAUAGUUCUAAAACAACAUGACUAACAGAUCUUGCAAAAUUUCAAGUAGGGAAACGAUUCGAGCGUAUACUUUGUCUUUUCUUUUUUUUUUUUUUCUUUUUUUUGACAUUUUAUUUUCAACGAUUUAUAAGUCCUGUCCUACGUGACAAUAGUUAUGCACUUAAAAUAAUUGUAUUGAGGAGAUUGCAGAAACUAUUGCUAGUCGCGAGUCGCUUAGCAAGUCGAGAGAUUCGUUGUCUGUGAGGCAUACACGGUUGAAAACCUUAGGCGAAUCGAAUGGGGUUUUAAUUAAUCGAAUUGAAUCGAUUGAAACAAGUGGCAUGGUCGCAUGCCCUAUGAAUGGCAACGCGGCUCAAAACAUAAUUAUCUUUCUUUUCGGCAUCGCGAAUCAUAAGAUUUCGUAUACUACACGCCGAUUUUUCUUCAUUAUGUAUACGCUAUGUACAUUUGAUCUUUUAAAGCACAUGACAUCCAGAUUUUCCGAUCGAAAUUUUUAAUCGAAACUAUUAUUUUAUAUCUUUUUUCGACUCGAUGAAAGAUUUCAUUGAUAUGUCAUUAAUAAGCUUAACUGAUCGAAAUAUUUUAAUAGAGGCAGAGUUCAUUUAAUACGGAAAAUUAAAUGAAAAAGGGACAUUUAUUCAGACAUUUAUUCGGAGAAUAAAAGAUGAAAGAUGAUAGAUUGAUGAAUUCAGUCUUAAUUAAAUUCAGUCAUUAUCUAUAUUGUUGUUAUUAGCACAUUAAAAUAUAGAAUUAAGCAACUCUUACUUUGCUUUAAAUAUUUUUUUCUCCUUUUAAUUAUGUAUAUAUUGAUAAUGCAAUUUUUAAGUAUUUUAUAAAAAAUGUAAAAUAUGCAUAUACAUUUAGCCAGUAUUAUAAAACAAAAUUUAAGAAAAUAAUUUCUUUAAUUUUGAAUCAUCAAUAUCUAAAUUAUUGAAUAAUCAUGGAUAUUAUGUGCUUUUUUAAGAUGUACUACUCGUGAAUGCGCGCUCGUCUUCGAGAGACUAUGUUUCAGCUUCAAUAGAACGUGGAAUGAAUUAGCGAUUUGUAUACGUAAUUAAUAUAUUAAUACCGAAAGACUCGCGAAAUUCAAGAAUGCGAACCGGACAUCUGUUUUCACUGCGAACUCACAUUCCUCCAUACUAUAUAAUUUCUCUCUCUCCAUUUUUUCAACAUUCGUUUUGCAGAAUAGGACAACGAACAAAUUAUGGCUACGAUAAUUACCAAUUACUUACGAGGUUAUCGACGACAAUAAUUAAAAAUGAUAGUUUUUCAUUUUAUUAUAUUUUGCCCGACGUUUCACGCGACGCAAGAACAAUCAUGGUUUUACAUCUGUGCGUUAGAAGUUUUAUACGUUAUCCACUGAUUAAAACAUUUGGAAUCCGUCAAAUCUAUCAAAAUGUAUAGAUAUAUAAAAAAAAAUAACACGAGAUUGCAUGAAAACAGAUUUGAGCUUUGAGAAGAACGUAAUUCAACUUUUUUUUUUGUAUCUCAUACUCGUAGCAUUUAAAAACAGCGAUAAAAAAUGCAUAGAUAGAUGUACGUAAUAUUAAUAAAGCCGAAAAAUCAGCGCAACAAAGCGUAUAUAUAUUAUUUGUGUUCAGCGUUUUUAAUAAAUAUUCUUUGAAAUAAUAUGCGAAUGUAUUUUUUAUUCGCAUAUCGUUUUUAUUUAUUCAAAAAAAUAGAAACAGUUUGAAAACGAACGCGAAGGGAUUCGCGUUGCUACACAUACAACCUUUUGAAUUGAACAGGCAAAACAUCGUUUAAAUAUAAUUCUUACAACCAAUUUGAUUCCAGGAACUCAUUAAUGCCUGUCGGGGAUUUAACGAAAGAGGCGUGACACGCGAUUUCCUCAAAUUUACCACUCAGCAUCGUGAAUCCCUCCGAUUCAUAUACAACCCACGCAAAAGAUGCUCGUUGCUGAUGGCCUCAAACACAAAAAAGGAAACCUGAUUUCUUCACCGAAUCCACGAAUUAAUACUCAAUACCCUGGUUUCUGAAUCGCGUGGAACGUGGAUCGCACGCAUCUCGUCCAUCGAGACAGCAUUUCUUCUCCUUCUUCUUUUCUUCCUUUCUUUCUUUUUAUUUUUUUAUCUUUUUGUACUUAGACGAUUCGAGACGACUCGCGCAAGGUACUUUCAAAAUGAAACGUUUCAACGCCGACGUAAUGUACGUCGUACGCGUCGAUGUACUCUGUAUGUGUUAUGUGAGUGAGUAUGUACGUGUAAUUAUUAUUUUAAUGGGGGGACGCCCGGUCUCCCUGUCCGGCAUUUUAACUUUUUUCCAGUUACUUUUUCCAUUUUUUUUUUUUUCAUUUUGUUUCAUUCGGUUUACUUUCAUUUUCCAUCGUUAUAUGUGACCGUAUAUCGACAUGCAUAAUACAAUAUAGCUAUAUAAAUCGCGCGACGCCGAUGGGUCUACGUUUAGAACGUCCCUCGACCCUCUUUUCUAUCUUUCUUCUUUUAUUUCUGCGAGUGAAUUCGCUUUGCGUUUUCUGUCACGUGGUUGUCGAAAUCGCGUCGCUUUCGUAUAUGUGUAUAUCGUGUCUUUGUAUUUGUGUCACGAGUGUAUUUAAAUAUAUAGUUCAUUUUUUCCUUUUCUUUUUCCAUAUCUUUAGAGCAACAUCUUUUUUUUUUGCGACGCGCUUGAGAGUGAACUUGUAUCGCAAUAUGUGCCAAUAUAUGUGUAUAUAAUACAUGUGUCGUGUGCAUGUGUACAUGUGUAUAUGUAUGAGUGUGCGUGUCUUGCACGUACUUUACGAAGAUCGAUUCACGUUUACUGUAUUUUUUAUGGUUACCUGCAAUUUUUUUGACGAUUAUGUCUUUUUUCCAGUUUUUUCUUGUUGCUUGUUGUUUGCUUGGACUGUUUAAACACUAUUUCGCUACAAGUGGACUACCAUUAUGAACACUACGCUACUUUGUAUUGUAUUUGUAAUGCUUUGUAAUGAACGACUGUACUGUACUGAACGUGCAUACUUAGUGAAUACACGCAAUCUAUAAUCGAUCUCGUUCACGAAUACCACAAGUGAACCACGUUAUUUUUUUAGCUUCUUUUCUUUUCUUUUUUUUUUUUUAAAUAUUUUUAUAUCAUAAUAAAAAAUUAAAAAUCUUGAUUUGAUUGUUAAACAAAGUUAACCGAUCAAACUAUGUAAAUCGUUGAUAAUUUGUUUCUCCAAAACUAUAUAAUAUGUAUAUCAAUUUGAUUAAUCAAAAAAAUCGUAUAUCAUCUUUGGAAUUUUUUAUUCCUUGUAUAAAUAUGUAUAAAUAUGAUAUAGCAAGUGUUUUUUAAUUUAUAUGUUCAGAUAUUAUGUUCAAGAAAAAGAAAAGAAAUCUAAUGGUUUAAUCGCUUCGUGAUAACGCGGUGUCUCUUAUAUGGUUUCUGUGACCGUGAUCAUAUGUGUUAUGUAAUGUACCUGUUACAAAAGUAAUAUAUGCAACGUGAGAAAAUUCAUGACCUGGCUAAAAAGUGUGGUUCUGUAUUCAAACUCUCUCUUGUUUAAUUAGUACUUGUGUUUCUCGGUUAUGAGUUAAUAAUCAUAGUUUAAUAAUAAUCACUUUGUGUUUUUCUUAUUUUUUUUUUCCAUCUUGUUAAAAAUCUUAGACAUCAACGUACAUUCACUUUUAUAAUAAAUCGUUAUUAGAAACCUAUCCUCGUACUUGCUAUGUAUUUAAUAUAAAUUUCAUCGUGUUAUCGUUUAUUGAUCUUUUUUGUUUUUUUUCUCUUCAUUUUUUUUAUUUACAACGACGUACCUACGAAAUCAUCUCGAUUCCAUUUUUACGCUCAAUAAAUCCGCGGUAUUAUCAAUUCGACGCGGUAUAUCUAAUUUAAUCGAUCCUUUCAUAUUUUCCUUUUCCUUCCUCAUAAUUCUUUCUUUCUCGUUAAUGCUUAUUUUAUCUCAUCUCCUUUUUUAUAUCCUUUGUCUCGAGAAGAGAGGAACAAGUCCAUUCGUGAACGUAACGAUAAUCACAUACUGUGAUCUCCUUACUCCAAGAUCUCUAAUCUCUUGGCAUUGUUCCUAAACACGCACACGAGAGGAUAACACAAUGAAAUAGCAAAAAUAAAUCGUAAAAAAAAAUCAUCAAUGAAAAGAGGUUCGAACGUCUUUGGAUUAGAAAAUCGUGAAACCUGUUCCUCUUCAUGUAUUUCUGUUCAAAACGUGCAAUUUGCAACGUGUGUAUAUAUUUACCUGUGUGUAUACAAUAAUGUGUAUACAUGAUUAACAAUGAAGACUAAUCUUAACGCGCGAUUUGAUUAAUCGUAAUCUUCGAUGAUAUUACGAUUAUUAUUGUGUUCUUUAUUAAUAUCGGUAUCGUUAAACUUUCUAUUAUAUCUAUAUACAUAUACUUUCUACUAACGAUUUAAGUACCUUAUGGUACAAUGCUUGUCCCUGUUCACGAUUAUAAAAAUAACUUUCGAGAAACAGCGUUUCACGUGGUCGGUAGUGACGGGAUCGGAGUGUGGAUGGAAAUGUUUUUGGAGCAAAUCGGUCGAAACAAAUUAAAAAAAAAAAGAUAAAAAUAAAUGAAGGAGAGAAAAAUAAAAAUAAAUUGCAGUGAGUGACCUUGUCUAUUUUCUAUCGAUAGUUCGAGUCUAUAUUAUUGUUUAUAUUUACCUAUCGUCCGUAAGAAUGAGUACCAUUCACAUUGGAUCUAUGUAACUUUGCUGCAUUGCUAUUGCAUUUAUGUUUAAUUGAUUACGGGCUUUCACGCUGGUUCUGAUUAAUUCGCUAUCGAUAAGUCGAUCGAUGAUCUUUGCCGUCCAAAGCAGUUCAAUCGAUACAUCCACAAUUUAAAAUAUAUAAUUGUUACAUGGAUCGUCGAUUAUAACGAUUAAAAACAUAAAUGCACUCUAUUAUUUGCGUCCCUUUACAAAUGUAUGUAUGUAUGUACUGCAUGUGUAAUAUUCUCUGAGACCCGCAAAGCGAACUUGUAUAUGAGAAACAUUUUGUACAAUCGUGUGUUAACUACUUUGUGUGAAAAGGUUAACGAACCAUAUGUAUAUUUAUAUAUAUAUAUACCUAAUGGAUAUUGUGAUGCUAUAAUAAAUGACUGAUCUACGCUGAGACUCUGAACGCUUUUCUUUACAAUGGUGCAGGUGAUUGUCUUUGGAUUUCGAUUUGCGGGUUGAUCAGCGAUUCACAAACAAUUCCACGUAUAAGUACAUGAGUGCAAAUGAAAAAAAAAAAAAAAAACGACUAGAGAGAAAACUAAAAAGAAACUUUAUCAUAUAGUAGCUAUAAUUAACGAAACGGAAAUAUGAUUAUAUGAAUCUAUAUUCUAUAUGAAUCGUGGAAUCGCGGUAUCGUCGUGAACUGCUUUCUCAUCAUCGAUCGCUCAUAUGUGUGUACGAAAUUGCUAUUGCGGUUAACACAUGGGUAAAAAGUAUAAAUUGUAGACAGACGAACGGACAGACAGACAAACAGACGUGGAUCGGAGGCAUGUAAUACUUAGGCUUACAAUACUGUAAUGGAUAACAUUAUACACGCAUUUGAUUUCCGCCGUUUCCUUCAACAUUCCCGGCUAAUCGUGGCCAUUGAUUUUCAUUUAAUUGUCGCGUAUAAUCAAGGACGAUAAACCAUCAAUGAACGAUGAAAACGAAUCGGUCAAUCGAGCAACCAUCAGAAUACAUUUCUUCUUUAUUAUCUACGAUUCGGAAUUAGGGGUCUCUUUUUCUCGCUCUCUCUCUCUCUCUCUCUCUCUCUCACUUUCAUUCUCUUUCUCGCAUUCUAUCGCUCUGCCUUAUACAAUAUGUAAUUCUCUCCGCAUAUUCGUAUUUACAAUAAUUCAUUACUCUAAUUGUCGUUCGGUCGAAUUCUUUUCUUGUGGCCAACGCAAAACGAUUAUUUGCUCCUUAUUGUUUUUAUCCUUCGCAUCCUUGAACGCUCUUCGGCCAUUGUGUGCAUUUUCAUAUGCGCGAAAACAAUUAUACGCAUCUAUUAAGCUUCGUUUACACUGAUACUCACGGAUCCAUUUUUGAGACUAGGUUAUAUGUACAAUUAUCGCUGAUUUUCGUAUCAUCAAUAUAAGUUUAAUAGAUACGAUUUGUCAAUUAUGAUUAAUCAGUCAUCAGAUAUACCAACAUGAAAAAAUGUAUAAUAUUAAUGCAUAUGUGUUACAAAAUGACAAUUUAUCGUUCCGAAAGUGAGCUAUAAUAAUUAGUUUUAUAUACUUAUACAAAAUAACGUUAUCGUGAUCAUGUGACCAAUAUUACAUUGGCGGAAAAAAUUCAAAAGUUAUAGAUUACACGACAACGAUGCACAUGCAUUGUGUAUUGAGAUAAUAUGUUUUGCGUGAAAAAUCCAAAACACAUAUUUGACGUUUGCUGUGCCAAUAUUGAACAAUAGAAAUAUAGAUCCGUGAUUGUGGAGAGAAGAUUUGUCGAGAGAAACGAUUACGUUUACAAUUACGUAGAAAAUACGCUUUAGAAUUAUAUUAGCGUUUAUAACGACAUCGUUUGCGAUUCAGUGUAAACGAAGCUUGAUGAAGAGAGGGCGUUGUUAUCGGCGCAUGCGUCAGCCGAAGCAAAAUCGCGUGUAACGAAUGCGACCACUGUGCAUGUAUAUAUGUAAUCCCGUAUGUUUUACAAAUAAAUGCGAUUUUCAUGCGCAUACGUUCGUUAGUACGCGUAUGGAAAUGAAGUCUGCGUGGCGGUGUAUAAUAAAUAGAAUAUAAAAAAAAAAAGGAAAAGAACUAUAGAGACAAUGUAGACGAAGAAUGAUACAAAUAAAAUCGACGAUCACACGAUUAAUUUAUUGAACUCGCGAGCACGUGUUCAAGUACGUAUUUGAACGUGCACGUUUUCGAACGAUACAAUACGAGAGAAUAAAAAAAAAAAAAAGAAAAAUAAAGAAAACAACAAAUGGCGGAUUCGAUGAUUAUAGGAGUCAAGAAUUCAUCGUUUUCGCAUCAUGUCAUUUUUUUUAUCAUUACCCCGCCGAAUACGCAAUUUAUUCGCUAUUAAAUUUGAUAUUUCUUUUACUAGUAAAUAUAGAAUAUCGAGUGUGAUUAUUCGUAGCGUAAUGAUAGCGGAUAAUAAAUAUAAUACAGAUCUAUAGAUAAAGUUCGGUAUGAUACAACUAUAAUACAAAAAUUUUAUUUUUUAUUUCUCGCUUCGUGAUCAGUCUCUCUUUCAUACAUUACCAUACUUUCGUUCGUUCGUUCGCUCGUUCUUCUUUCGACGAACUCGAUUGAAGCGAGGAAUUUCGGAUUUUUUCAUGACAAUACUUCACAUAUUCGUGAAAGUGUCACGGUUGCAAGAACCGCGGUCGGAACUUACAGAUUUGUCGCACCUUACAUAAUUUUGUAACACUCGACUAUCCAAUGGGCGAUCCUUGUAUUUUCGAAUGUCACACGUGUCUCAUAACACACACACAUCACUCUAUCACACUUGGCCAUUUUCACUCACGCACUCUUCACGUGUCAUAUAUAAGAUUUUUACCUAUUAUACGGCACUCUCUUAAAUUCCUCUGCCUCUAAGAUGAGGCAAGAGUCACUUGUACAUAUUUAAUUAGGAAUUUAUUUACACGCGUGCUAAUUAUCCUGAUCGCGACUCUUGGCAGUAUGAACGAUUCUCCGCCAUUACAAUAUUCUUCGAUAGAUUUCGAUUCGAUUAUUGGCGCUGACGUCGCGAUUAAUCGUAACUUAUCGUUUGAUUCGAUUAUCGUAACGAAUACGAUCAGUGUACGACAUGAUCUUGUGACAGUGAAGUAAAAAAAUUUACAUUCGUGACAUGUGAGUGGGAAUAUUAUAAAAAAAAUAAGUGGUAAGUACUAUAUAUAUACUAAAAUAGCAAGUUGAUUUAAUUUGUGUUAUUUAAUAAUUAGCUUUUUAUGUAAAUUUUAAAUUAAAGUGAUUUAUCGAUUUGUCGGUUACAAUGUUUCUAUAAACGAUAAAGAAAUGAGUGACAAAGAACCGUUCGUCAAUCAAUAUUAUCAUCAGUAAUUCGAUUUAACUGAAAUUUUCACACGCGAGAUUAUGGUCUUUAAAGGAAAGAAUUUUCGCGCUUUUCUCACAUAUAUAUUUAUCAUUAUUACUAUGGAUAUAUUGCAUCUCGCUUGAGGAUAGUUAGCACGCUGUUCAUUUCGUUCUUUUUCGUCGUAUUUCCAAUAAAUACCUAGAAUUAGCGUAAUGAUAAGAAGGACAACCAAUACGACUACCAUUUAUAGUAGUGAUAAUAGUGGGCAUACUAUAAUAAUGUCUAGUAGUAGCGUUUCUCCUCAUUUCGUCUUCUUUCGUCUUUGUAAUCUUAGCUACAUCUUCUUUCUUCGUUUUCGAAUAGUUUCAAUAUGGCGUUGCUGCUCGUGUGUCGUGCGUGUCUCUUCUCUUGACAUUUAACGUUUAUUAUUUUUUAUCAACUUUUCAUUCUUCUUAAAUCGUAUUCUCUUUUAUUUUCAUUAAAUUUUCGUUUUUUUUAAAGUUGUUCGUUUUUGUCUUUCUUCCAUCCCGAUUAAAUUUUCUCGUUCUCUUUUUCUCUCGAGGCAGUCCGACCAUAAAUCGUGCACGUUUUAUUUUUCACGAUCGAGGGACGGCUGCGCGAGUGCGCGUGCACACGCGUGCCUCAAGAAAUUAAUUAAACGUAGGAUAAUCACAGAAAAAGGGGUUUCGACGUAUGAGAUAUACGUUCUCGUCAGUAAUGUUGUCACUUCACCGCAAUAAUUGCGGCAGAAUCGCGCUGAUCAACAAGCUUCCCAUCAGCGCUACCAACAAUUGGCUAUACCAAUCUUGAACAUGGCUGGAACUCGCUCCAUUAUAAGUCAAUUCUUCGUUCUUCACCACUUCGUUCGGAUGGUCUGAAUAUUCCUCUAUAGACACAAAAAAGAAAAUAAUUGUUAAUUGUAUGUAAUCGAUAACCAUUUAAUUAAUCAAAUAUUCAGCGAAAAAAUAGGUUAAGAAUUUAUGAAUGUUAAUUAUUAAUAAUUUACUAGUUUAGUAAAUAAAUUUCAAUAAUGUGAAAAUUAAAAUAUCAAUAUUACUUUUAAUUAUACAUUACAACUAAUAAUUCCAAGAUUUUAGAUUCUUAUUUAUAAUAUUUUAAGUUUCCAGACUUUUGUUUUCAAAUUAAAUUCAUUUUUAUAUAUUUAAUGAACAUAAUAUUAUUUUAAUUUCAAGGAAAGAGGUCAAGGAAAGAGGUCAAGAAUAUCUUGAAAUUUCUUCAAAUUUCUCCAAUUUGAAACAAAACUUGCACGAGCUUUGGUAGAAAAAGUUACUUUAUUACAAGAACCAACGAAUGAUAUUUGUCAAUAUCAGAGCGGAAACUUCAACUUCCAGAUUCCGGCUUGUAGACCCGGUUAAACGACGUUAUAAUUGCGAAACGAGACGACGGACGAACGAAUCCAAUCCAAUUACGCCGUAGUCACGAAGUCCAAGGUCGAACAAUCCCCAAUCCCGAGGGAAAAACCGGUGGUUAAGCCACGCUACUAGACGAGGAUCUCGAUAUACAAGUACCUAAACAACGUUAGCACGCAAGCGAUCCAAAAAGAAGGGACAAAACACGGCCAACAAUCCCGCAUGGAGAUUCGAAAAAGGAUCGCCGACAAGUCUUCCGACUCGGUUGUCGGCUAGGUAAGAAGACGACCGUGGAACAAAGCCGACCCGCGAGCAGCUCACGAGAGAGGCGAUAUAUUUUACGCGUCUACCGGAAGUACGGUGGUAUGCGUCAGGAGGGGCGCAGAAAAGGAGGGAAAAACAGAAGAGGGAACGGAAACGACACCAGAGAGUCGCCUCGAUUAAUAGAGUUCUCUGGAUGGACGAGAAGGAGGAGGAGGAGGAGGAUCGAGGACGUUCGCCAACGGGGUUCCUCUUAUCCCAAGGUCAUCGGCGUCAACCGAUUCUAUUAAGGGAUGAACACGUUAGUUAGGAUAAGCACGUUUAGCGGAUUUCUUUAAUGGUUCUUGCAGUCGGAGUGUAUCCUUUUAUUCCGUUAUAAAUAUAUUUCCAAGGAUAAAAUUAUUCGAUUAUUGAAUUAUCGUAGAAAUAAGAGAAAUUUCAAGAUCUAAUCUUAAAAGUAAGAUUUUUGGUGAUCUUUCUUUUUUUUCUUUUUUUAAAUAGACUGUAAGGUAUUUUGAUUUUUAGAAGAAUUAAUUUUUUUUAUAUUUUUCUUCGACGUCAGACAGAAGUGAAAUUCAAGUAGUGUCAAAUUUCCGCAUUCAAAUUUUUGUCCGAAACAAACAAAUAAAUUUCGCCUUUUAUAAUAUUA